AUGACAGAAGUUGUAACCCUCUCUACUCCAACCUCAAAGACAUCCUCGAUGAUUGAGUUACCUUCUACUCCAUCAAAGAAGCCUGUUUUACCUAAUACCGAGGAAUUUACGUUACGGAAUUUUACACCAUCUAAACCUUAUAGAUUUUCUCGUCCCUCAAUAAGAUCCAAUUCAACCAAUGUUAUUCCUCAAAGAUUGACAAUUGAAUCUAAUAAUCUAAUUGAAAGCGAAGACAAUAUGUCACCUGUCGUGUACGAAGAUGUACUAGGUAGGAAACUAAACGCUGAUAAUGAAAGCAUAUCACCGGUAUCUGAUUUUGGAUCGGUUAGUCCCUUCUGUGACGUCCCACCUUUACCAUCAUAUUCUCCAGCAUUAUCAAAGAAUGAAUAUAUUGAUCCUUUCAACGUGGACAAUCUAAUAUGGAAUACAAAACCGUUGGCUAAUAAGGAAGCCUUUGAAUUAAAUAAAAUGUUACAUUCUACUUUGACUGAUUAUAAAAAUAAGAUACUUUCAGAGGCAAGACCAAUUAAGAAACAGAAAAUAAGGAUUUCAAAAAAACUUAAACAUAUCCCAUGCCACCAUUAUGAUAAACCAAAGAGAUCCAUUUUAAAAAUACAAGAGGGUUCUCUUAACCUUUUAGUUAGUUCUUCAAAAGGCUCCCUUCAGGACGCAACAAUUUUUGCUACUGAAAUAAACGCUACUGUGAAUAAAGAAGAUAGUAAACUUCCACUUAUAACAAACAUUUGGGAACGCAUUACUAUUCCUGUGAAUUCUGAAAUUAAACAAAAAUAUAAGAAAAUGAAAUUGGAAUGGUACGGAAAUGACAAUUAUGAUGAUUCCGGUGACGAUGAAUUAUUUAAAUUUGAGGAUUCAGAUGAAUUUUAUAAAUCCAAAAAAGAAGAUAAUAUCAACGACGCUGCAUUAAUAAGAGGAUUUGAAUUUGACUCUAGUACUACUUCUUAUAAGACAAGGAAUUCUACCGAGAAGAAUAUCAGAUGGGCAACUGUCUUAGAACAUUAA